AUGGACACUAUAGAGAACAAUGAUGGUGCAAACCCCGAAGGUCAACACAUAAUUAACCAACUUAUAACAACUCGGGGGUCUUCUGAACAAACCGAGUAUGAUUUGCAGUCGUUAGCACAACACGAUUCGAACAGUUCAAACUACAUCGUUGACGAACAUCUUAGGUUUGGCUCUUGCAUUGCUCUGCAACAUAGCACAACGCUAAGAUAUUUAUCAAGUAAAUGUGCUACUAAUAACGAAACAUCAAAGAAUGAAAAUAAAGAUCAGGUGUUUGCGGUGCGGCGAAAAUCAGAGAAUGAAUUAUGGAUGGUACUUCAAGGUUACGGAGAUAGACGUCGGUUGAAAAUGGGGGAGAUUGUCCCGUUUAACACACAAAUUCGACUUAAGCAUAUAAUAUCACGACGUUAUCUCCGUUCACAUCCGGAUUCUAGUGCUCCAAUAAGUAAUCAGCAAGAAGCAGUUUGUCAUGGCGAUGAACAUAUCAGUGACUUGAACGACAAUUGGCUCGUACAGAGGCAUAGCUACAGUAACCAUUACGAUAAUUCUGGAUAUUGGCUAGCUGGGGAUGCAAUCACUUUAAGACAUAUUCAAACUGGUGCUACUCUUCACAGCCAUAAGAUAAUGUUAGAUGAUGAUAAACAAGAAGUAACAUGUUAUGGACCAGGACACGAGGAGAACGAUAAGGUAGAAGACAAUAAAAAACAAGUCAAUUUAUGA